AUGCUGAACUCUGUAGGGCUGAGCUUUGCGGUGUUGCUUGCUGUGAUUGGAGCAGCCACGGUGGAAAGGUGAGUUUAUUCUAGACGUUUCAUGGCGGCAUUAAUGUGAUGUAAUAAACCAGCAGGAGCUUCCGCAUUUUUAUCUGUGCAUUGGUUUCUAUGCAUUACACACUUUUGAUGAUGUUGUGUGUGUUUGUAACAGAGCGGAGUAUGACUACUUCAAAUACCAUCCCAUGUCAGAGGUGAGAAAGCAUAAGUACGGUUCAGAUUGUUACACAGACACAACUUUUGAUCUAACAAUACACCUCCUUAAAGAUCACAGGCUGGAUGGCCCAGAUCCAGAAGGAAAACCCUGAUCUUGUGAGUAUCAUGGAUUAUGGAAAAACCUACGAGAAGAGGACUAUAAGUUUGCUCAAGGUAAGCUGAACUUUAAGUCGUUUGGUUUUAUGAGUAUGUGGUUUAUAGCAGCUUUAAAAGAGUCAUUUGUGUCCGUCAGAUUGGAGUAAACACCGGAGAGAAGAAGAAAGCGAUCUGGGUGGACUGUGGUAUCCACGCCAGGGAGUGGAUUUCCCCAGCUUUCUGUCAGUACUUCGUCAGACAGGUGGGACACAGACAACCUUUUGUUUGAGUGGAUUUAUCCUCAUGAUUAUCAAUCUGACCUGCUGUGUUUAUCAAACCAGAUCCUGGAUGCAUACAAAAAAGACUCAAAAAUGCAGGAGAUGAUGAAGAACAUGGACUUCUACAUCACUCCUGUGCUGAACAUGGACGGAUACGUCUACACCUGGAAGAACGAGACAGUAGGUGCUUCAAUAUGAUGCAUAUUUGACCUUUCUGUGGUCUGGAAAAACCCACGGUGCACAGGUGAAGAAUAAAUAUUAUGAAAUGAGACACAAGUUUGGCAGAGCUACAGUACAAAAACAUAAAAAACAGAAUUACUAAAAAUGGUAUUAUACGGAAUUCUGGACAAUAAAAUCCAGCUAAUUUCACAAUUUAACCUCCAUGACCCAUUUAGACUCGACUGUGGAGGAAGACGAGGUCACCGGGACCAGCAGGCUGUGACUGUUAUGGCACCGAUCUCAACCGCAACUUUGACGCCUUCUGGGGAAGUGAGUCUUAUUGCUUUUAUAGUCAACUAUGGUUUUUUGAUAGGACCUGGAACACCAUAAUCCUAAAUGUGAGAUUCUCGCCUUUGUGUAAAUCACUGCAUGGGUUCAAAAGGAAAAUCUGAGCUCCUAUAUUAGUGCUAAAGUGCCCAGUCAUGUAAACUAAGACAGAUCUUUCCUCUUUUGUUUGCAUUCACAGCUGUUGGAGUUUCAUUCAACUGCUGCAGCAUUUUCUACUGUGGCAGCCAAGCUAUUUCUGAGUCAGAGGCUCAGGCUGUCACUUAUUUCGUUGGAACCAGAAAGGAGGACUUCCUGUGUUUCCUCACCAUCCACUCCUAUGGACAGAUGCUGCUGCUCCCCUUUGGACAUCCCAACCACACUGACCCCAACUACGAAGAACUGGUAAUGACAUCCACCAACGCAGAAAUACACAUUAUGACCAAAUUCUGAGUGAUAUCACACAGUAAUUCGGGAGGAAAACUGAUCAGUUUACACCAUCAAGCAGGUCAAAGUUUCACGAGCAGAUGAGCACCGAGCACAAUAAAAACCAAUCCCGCCAUCUCUCCAAACAUAGUUUUCCUCUCACAGGUUGUAAAAGCCCCCUCAAGCAGAUAAACAUCGCACUCUAGCGCACUGAAAGCACUCAUAAAGAUAAUGUGUGCAAAUGUGUGUGGCUGAUAUUUACUUUUUCUGCAAAUUGAGCAGAAGCCCUCCUGUUGCAUAGGGACACAUAUGCCAGUCUUGGCUCUCUACAGGCAUCAUUGAGACUGAACCACCAGCAGCCACAUGCAUGUUCACAAUAUUAUGACUGAUCUAUGUUUGUGUGAUGUAAUCUUGAACUUUGCUGCAAAUGUGUCAUUUCCUUAAGAAGAUAUUGUGAUCUACUUGAUAAAGAUAGGCAUGCAAAUUAGCUAAAUAAUCAAAUCAAGCAUGCAAAACUUUCGAAUUCAGGAAAUUGAUCGCAGAGUUCGACAAAAAAAUGCAGCUUAUGUGUCAUGAUAUGUUUUAUUCAUUUAGUUUUCUCUUGGUUUUUGUUAUUUGAGUGAAUUCUCUGUGUAUUUUCCUAGUUUUUCUGUUCCCUAUUGUUCCUGUGAUCCUGUCUUGUAAGUUUUCAGUUUGUGUUUGACCCUGUUUCCCUCCUGUCCUCAGUGUUUUACUCUUAGGUCAGUGUUUCCUGUUUUAUUUUGUAGUAGUCCACCCUUGUGUUUCUAGUCUUGUUGUACUUCCUCAGUUUUCCCUCCUCUCUAAUUGUCUGCACCUGUGUCUCGUUAGACUCACCUGCCUCUCGUUGCUCGUUUCCCUGUGUUUGUAUAUAUAGUCCCUGUCUUCCCCUGCUCUUGUUGGUUCAUUGUGUGUAUGUUUGUCUGUCAGUGUCAGUCGAUGUCUUGUUCUCCUUGUGUUACAAAAUGUGUUCGAAACAAGAGGGAAAUGCAUGGGUUGAUAAAAACUUAUGUGCAGAUUUUGUGCCGAAAAGGGACAAAAAGUGAGGCAUUUUUUAAAGACAGGCUUACUUGAAAAGUAUUUAAAAAGUACUUGCUCCUUGACUCAUGAAAAUGUAGAUUAACGUGCAAAACAGGCAUACUGCAAGAUAAAACAAGACAUAAAAGCCAUGCAGUCUAAGCUUGCACAACAAGGCAGGACUUUCUAUCCACACCAUAAAUCUUAAAGACAUGAGUAUGAUGCAAAACUAGAAAAAGAUAAAAAUGACAAAAACCUAAACACUCAUCAUUGAUGCAAAUCAUGUACACACAAGUAGGAACCCUCAUUAAUUCAGCAUACAAAAAUAGAAAGCUUUGCAAGGACAAUAAACAAUAAAGUUUGACAACUAGGAAUGCUGGAAGGGAUUGAUAUGCAGAAAACGCACAUGACAGAUUAAUGUUGCAAAUAAUAUGCAAAAUAGUUUUACGACACAAGGUUUUAAUGGAACAGGUAGACCGAUUGAUGUAGUCCACAAAAUUGGAAAAAGUGUGAUGCAAACCAAGCAGGCAAAUCAGAGAAUACAAAGACGCAAAUCAAGAAUGAAUUAGAUGAAAAAUAUGUGAACCAAGCACAGGAAACACCCUACCGAAAUCAAAAUCUACCACCUGUUUGACCAGACUGACAGCAACUAGAGCAUCAAGGAGGUGAAAUAUGCGAAUGAAUUAUGUCAAAAUUAAUGGGUAUGUGAAUAAAGCAUAUACUAAAAAAAAAUUUUAUACAAAUUCAGCAUGCAGGGUGAAUAGAUGUGUAGAUUAAACCUGCAAACCAAGUAGACAUGCAAAUUUAGCAUAUGUUUUUAGACAUGUUCCCUUGUUUAAUGGUGGUAGUUUUCUGUUGUUAAAAAUAGUGAGGAAAUAAUGUGUGACUUUAAACUCACGUUUGGUUCUUCAGAUGAAAGUGGGUACAGCCGCGGCAGAUGCAAUAAAGAAGAUCCACGGGAUGGAUUACGCUGUUGGAACCUCGCCAGAUAUAUUAUGUAAGUCCAUACAGUCACCAAACUGAAAUAAGAUGAGAAGAACUCUAUUGAUCCCUGAAAGGAAAUUCAAUAAAAAUUAAUAAUACAUUAUGAAUUUUAGCCAUCACAUUACCAGAGUAACAUAAUUCUAGGGAUAAACACAAUUUUUUUCCAUAGUAAGGUAAUAAUCACUUUAAUCAGACUUUGGUUUUUAGCAAACACCUGCAAAGCCACUCUCAGUCUCCACAGCCGAAGCUGUAUUUAAGCAAAUUUGCAUGCUUUCACAAAUGAAUAUAGUGGGGAUGGUUAAUAUGAACAAGUCUCAUGAUGCACUGCUCGUAUCUGUCCACAGACGAUUUCUCCGGUUCGUCCAAAGACUGGGCUCGAAAUCAGGGGAUCCCCUACACCUUUACCUUUGAACUCAGAGACAACGGGACGUAUGGAUUUGAACUUCCAGAGGACCAAAUCAAGCCGGCUUGUGAGGAGGCCUACAGCGGCGCCAUGCACAUCAUCACUUACGCCCAUGAGACGACUUUUAAUGGUGCUGCAGUAGUAGCUGCUGCAACCUUGUGGAUUUUAGCGCUGGCAGCGGGUGUCACCAGCACCAACCUGUUGUAAACAGAGAAAACCUCUCCAAGAGGAAAAUUGGGCAAAUCUUGAAGACUUAAGUUUGAUUAAUCCUGGACAUACGUAUGGCAUAAGUAUUUAGUAAAGGGUUAAGAAAGUUUCAAGAAAAUUUCCAGUUUUUAUAGUAUGUUGUUGGCUUCAUGUUGCCAAAUUUUUGUGCUUUUAAUGUAUAUUUUAUAUUUAAAAAAUCAUAUAUUUAUGACACGGGUAUCCAUUAUGUAAGAAUCUCAGUGAUCGGAAAUGUGUAAAUGCAAAAAUGAUGCAACUUAGGAAACAAAUGCAAUAAUGGAGAUGUUCUACAACUGUAAAUACAUGCUGGAACUACUGCAGUAACAGCAAACACACUGAAAAUACAAUAAAUGAUGCAAAAUCAGUAACACAGGCUGUGAGAUUUUGAUUUUUGGUUUGAAGUCUCGUGGCUUGAAAUGGGAGGUUUAAAAAAAGUUAACCACUGAAGUCGUACAUCUGUCAGAUACACAAACAUUUAACUGUUUGGAACUUUGCUCGCUUUUAUGCUGCAUUGUUUGCUUUCAUGUCUUUGAUUAGGUUAUCUAAUCUUUGCUUCUAUGUUCCUAUGAUAAAAACAUGCCUUCCUUUGCAGAUGCACAGCACGCUAGCGUAGUUAACUGUCAACGGUAAGGGUGGGAAUUCAAAUUUAAAAUGUCCAGCCAGUUCCAAGAUAUAUGAAAGUUUUCAAGACAGAAAGACUGAGCAGGGGUGAAAGGUACGAAGUUGAGAGCAGCAAAAGGUCACAGUGGGAGGGCUGUGGGAAAAGGCAGAUAACAGUCAUCAUGAGAAAAAGCUUACAUGGCAAUUAGGUGUAAUCAAAGUCUAUUUUUAUGACCACCUCAUCAUUCUGUUAUCCAUCUGACAACACUGGACAAGCACAUGACAGCGAUUUCUGGACUUAAUAAUGUGAAUUAAUCAUCACUGGUUAUUUCUAACGAAGGAUCUUGGGUUGAACAUUAACCGAUAUCCUGAGUCAAAGGUGUGUCUUUAUCUCAAGGAGGUCCUCUAUAAAGGCUUGCAGCAUCUAAAAAGGCUGUCAGUUACAAACAAGGACUGUACUUUCAAAAGAAAAGACAAUGCAUAGCUGUGUGGGAUUGAGCUGUGUGCUGCUGCUAACAGUGAUUGGAGCAGCUACAGUCGAGAGGUGAGUUUGAUCUAAAAGAUUUUAUACUACUGGGUUGUGACAAGAAUGUUUCUUUUAAUGGUAUAGCUCUAAAAAAGAAUAUUUGUUGAAUAUAUCUGUUGAAAAAUUUGUUGAAUUCAGAAGAUAAUGAACGUAGGGUAAAAUCUAGAGUAAAAGCCACACGAGUAAAUAGUUUUGGGCUCCAAGAGGCUGCAAAGCUACAAUGUGCUCAGCAAUGUGCACUUUCCAUGCAGAUGUGUAGCUCUUUUUGAUGCAAUCUGUUACCACCACCCAGAAAGCUAUUCUGACUUUGCUGUCAGUCAUUUUAUGGAAGUUAAAAGCACUUGUUUUCUUUUUUUUUGUUGUUCAUGAUUCGGGGACAUGCCUUAGAAUAUAAAAAUUCAAUUUUUGCAACAAUAUUUUGGCUCAUUUGGAGAUUACGCUCCAAACGAGGGAACAUUUUACACAGAGCUGGUGCAACAGGACACAGGUUUUUUUGUUUUAUGUCGGCACAUCCAGCAGAACCAGUCUUUAAAAAAAUGCACUGUUUAGGAUUUUACUGUUUUUACAGCCUUCUUGUGACGUAAAAGUGAGAUAAUCUUUUACGAGGAAGUGUCGUCUACGAAGAAAGAAUCAGUCGCAGGGCUGGUACGCUGAUCAAUCAUAAACUUGACAUGAAAGAAAUGGAUGAUAGCAUGUUGUGUAACUGUGUGUAUGAGUACAGCAUACUAAAUAAUGCAGUGCUCCACCCUUAUCUUACCUUUCCUCCAUUUAAAUGUUGUUCUGUCAUAAAUACUGUGAUAUUAAUUUUAACAGGAUAUUUUAUGACCUGCUUAAACUCAACACAAGGUUGACCUCGUAACUGCUAGGUCUUAAAUAAGCUUCAGCAAUAUUGAAAUUUCUGUCUAAGGAAAAGUAUCAAUUACAAUUUUUGAAAAAAGACUUUACUUUUGAAAACAUUGCUUCUACUGACCAUGAUCUUCACGUCAACAGAGCAGAGUAUGACUACUUUAAAUACCAUCCCAUGUCAGAGGUGAGAAAGCAUAAGUAAGGUUCAGAUUGUUACACAAACACGACUUUUGAUCUAACAAUACAUCUCCUUAAAGAUCACAGGCUGGAUGGCCCAGAUCCAGAAGGAAAAUCCUGAUCUUGUGAGUAUCAUGGAUUAUGGAAAAACCUACGAGAAGAGGACUAUAAGCUUGCUCAAGGUAAGCUGAACUUUAAGUCGUUCAGUUUAUAAGUUUGUGGUUUAUAGAAGCUUUUAGAGAAUUCAUAUAACUGUGUCUGUCAGAUUGGAGUAAACACUGGAGAGAAGAAGAAAGCGAUCUGGAUGGACUGUGGUAUCCACGCCAGGGAGUGGAUCGCCCCGGCUUUCUGUCAGUACUUCGUCAGACAGGUGGGACACAGACAACCUCUUCAAAAACUGUUUCCUGGUGGGUUUAUCCUCAAAAAUAUCAAUCUGACCUGCUGUGUUUAUCAAACUAGAUCCUGGACGCAUACAAAAAAGACCCAAAAAUGCAGGAGAUGAUGAAGAACAUGGACUUCUACGUCACCCCAGUACUGAACAUGGACGGGUACAUCUUCUCCUGGGCAAAUGAUUCUGUUAGUACUUUGAUUUUAUGGGUUUUUAUGCGAGACAAUAUGGCAGCCAAGCGUUGAGGUGACAAUCAAGCAAAUAGCUGUUUUCAUGGACUUACCAUUCUGUCCCAUUUAGACCCGACUGUGGAGGAAAAACAGGUCACCAGGACCAGCAGGCUGUGACUGUUAUGGCACCGAUCUCAACCGCAACUUUGACGCCAACUGGGGGAGUGAGUCUUGAAACUUUAAUAAGUCAUGAAGAAUAUAUGAAUUAUUGACCCAGGUCUUUUGGUUUUGAAAUAAAACAGACUCAGGUCUGUGUUGUAUUUAACUUAUAAUAUCUCACUGAUAAAUCCACUGACCUGUACGGGAACAUUUAGCCUCAUCAGUCUCAUGCCAGGCUACCUUUCAAUGGCAAACCUCCAUCCAGCAAAAUUAAUAAGCAGCUACAAAAGAAAUAGGACAACUUGGCCGUCUAACAGUUUGGUAUUUUCUGGCAAAGUUGGCUGCAAAAUAGAUGGGUGAUAUAUAAGUAUCCAAAAAACAACUUAUCAGUGCUCUCUAUUCCUGCUUUCACAGCAAUUGGAGUAUCGUUCAACUGCUGCGAUCAGACCUACUGUGGCAAAGACGCUAUGUCUGAGCCCGAGGCCCAGGCGGUAACCUUUUUUGUCGGAACCCGGAAGGAGGACUUUUUGUGUUUCCUCACCAUCCACUCCUAUGGCCAGCUGCUCCUGCUUCCCUACGGACACCCCAACUUCACCGCCCCCAACUAUGAUGAGCUGGUAUUUACACACACUGUGAUACAUGUUAUGAGUCAGAAAACCCCAAAGAAAACAAGAGAGAAACAGUCCAAGCAUUGUUCAUGAGAUAUAAGGUACAUGAAAUCAUGACUUUACAAACCUUGCGAGACAGUGGUGGGAUAAAUGUCAUUAAAAUUCAGGAACCAAAAGCAGACUGUCUCAGAGGAAGCUGUGAGGCAGUGAAAGCAGAAAAUGAAAAGCUGGUUGUGUUUAGAGAAGCAGCAGAUAAAGGUAAUAACCCAGUGCAGCCACAAUUCAGAGUUUCAUGCAAAACAGGAUUACUUUAAUUCGCCUCUGCAGCUCUAACAUGACUUUCCUGUCCUGGAAGCCUCUCAAACUCCCUCAGGAUGCAGAGUCACAUCAGGCUUUUGUAAAUUAUGUCAAAGGUUUUCAAUUUAGAGUCUUAAAGGAGAGUUUUGCUUUCUUAGGAAUGCAGUGUUGCACAUGUAGAAUAAAAUAUGAAUGUCUAAGAAUAACAGGCUAUGUCUGGAAUAAAGCAGAUACUUUUGAUGGACAAAAAAACAGACUGAUAUAUCAGUCAAGCUGAUAAUUUGGCUGAUACGUAGCUGUUGUAGAUAUUCUAGUAUAAGAGUGCGUUCCUUACAAACCCUUCAGUUAGAGAGAUCUAGUAACAUAGUUUGUCCACAAGGGGGUACUGAAAGCUUUGUUUGCUAACAUUUUUACCAGUAUGCAAUUAUUUAGAAUAUUUAGGACGUUUUAUUUGUGCAAAAUUACAAAAAACAUCUGAAAAUAUUCAGAUAUGUGGUCCUAGCAGAGAGUAACGCUAGCCAAAGUUAGCGUCCAUGAUAUUAUGAAUAGUUGUUCAUUAACAUUAGGACGUGCACAACUCAGAAUCUGCCAAUUCAAGUCAAGCUAUUAGAAUCCAAGAGUACAGUACUGACACAGCUGUGUCUGUAUGACUGAAAACAUACCUCUUCUUCCUCAGAUGAAGGUGGGUUUGGCUGCAGCCGACGCCAUUAAGAAGGUCCAUGGGAUGCACUACACUGUUGGAACCUCACCUGAUGUGUUGUGUAAGUCCUCAUAGCAUCCACACAAGAUUUCUACUUGGCUAUGUGGCGUUGCUAACCCUGACAAAUUAGAACAAGCUGGUUAUAAACCUGCUAAGGCAACCCCAACCCUAACCCAGUCCUCAGACAGGCUACUGAUGUUAGAUGUAUACAGAAACUAAUCUGAAAGAGAAAAGGAAAAUUAAAGCUGCUAAUCUCUUUCAAUAGACCCGAACUCUGGUUCAUCCAGAGACUGGUCUCGGAUGCAGGGGAUCCCCUACACCUUCACCUUUGAGCUGAGAGACAACGGCACAUACGGCUUCGAACUUCCAGAGGAUCAAAUCAAGCCAGCUUGUGAGGAGGCCUACAGUGGAGCUCUGGAGAUCAUCACCUACGCCCACAACAAGACCUUCAAUGGCGCUGUGGCAACAGCUGCUGCAACCUUGUGGACUGUACUGUUAACCGUGUGUGUCACCAGCACCAACCUCAUGUGA